GGAGUGGGAGCACCUGUUCUUCUCCAAUGCAAAAGUAACCGAAAACCCCAAAUUACAACCACCACCAGAUUGGAGUGGUGAAGCAAAUGGAGAAACCAAUGUUGGGUUGUUGGACAAUUCUGGUGGUAGUGGUUGCUCUGAGUCUGAGCUCAUGAACCCAUCUUCGUCAAGAAGCUCGAAAUCUGCUUCCAUCAAUUCAUCUUCCAAUAGGGAUAGCAAAACAUCUAUCUUCACCUUAGAAAGUUCCCAAGAUGAUUCCAGUGGUAAAAAAGAAGAGCUGGUUGAAAACUCUCAUUCGCAUGAGCCCCCUCCUGGCUCUGGCGAACCGUUGCUUACUCUAAAGCUUGGUAAACGCUUGUACUUUGAAGAUGUUUGUCCGGGAAGUGAUGCCAAGAAGAACCAGUCUUCCUCAGGUGCUCCGAUUCAAGCUGUGAGUAGUGGAAAGAAAUCUAAGUCCAAUGCUCAGAACAUGCAAUAUCCAUGCUGCCAGGUUGAAGGUUGUGGCCUUGACCUCUUGUCAGCUAAAGAUUAUCAUCGCAAACAUAGAGUUUGUGAAAGUCAUUCCAAGUCUCCAAAGGUGGUUAUUGCUGGUUUGGAACGUCGAUUUUGCCAGCAAUGUAGCAGGUUCCAUGGUCUGUCAGAGUUUGAUGAAAACAAAAGAAGCUGCAGACGGCGUCUUUCAGAUCACAAUGCACGGCGCCGGAAACCUCAUCCUGAAACUGUCCAGUUAAAUCCAUCAGAUUUGACUCCCUCGCCUUUUGUUGGGAGGCAACAGAUUAGCCCCUUCACUUAUACAACGAGCGGAGCCGCGACCGCGAAUACAGUUUGGCAAGACAUGCGGCGGAGCAAGCAGCUCCCCCAGACGAAAGAUUUUCUGUUGAAGGCUGUGAAAGGCAACAAUGAGAUACCAAGUAUUGUGAGCAUGGUGACAGAGGAUGAUUCCAAAGGCAUUGCAUUUGCAAGCAAGACUCUUAUACUUUUAACAGAUUGAUUCAAACUCACUCUCUCUGAUAUUUCUUGUUUGUUUACCUGAGUCUUUAUUUUCAGGUGUAGAGGAUUCAACUACGUGCUCUGAUACUCAAGAUUUCCAGAGUGCUCUCUCUCUUCUGUCAACCGAGUCUCAUCAGCCUCAGCGCUUGCCUCUUGCUUCCUCGGAAUACUGGCACACUGAUCAACACCCAUUGGCUUCCACCAUGUGGCUCACCUACCCAACUUGCGACGACACCAUCACCAACCGCUCUCAGGAAUUUCAGCUCUUACGAGAACCUUAUGAUUCUGCUUUUAGUUAUCACCACUUGGAUUAACAAUCCUCUUUCACCCUCACUCACAAGGUUAGCUCCAAAUUCUGAAAACUUGAGGUUGCACACAUUUUGGGUUCUUAUUCUUGCAGUUUUGCAGCUUUAGGCUUUUCUGCAAGCACACCAAGUCGCUAAUUUGUUCCCCUUUUUUUUUAUAUAAUUUUAACGCACUUUUGUUUUGCUGCCGGGGACAGAAUGCUUUUAUGAAACAUUCUAAAAGAUUAAAUUAAGGUUUCAUUCUUUAAAGAAAAUUGCUUA